CAGGAGUCAGUUUGAUUCACAUCACUACGUCGACAUAACGUGUUUACGCGCUCUUAGAUCUACGUAAAUUAUAAAACAUAAUAAUAAAAUAAAAUCUGUAGCAGUGCUAAGUUCUGUGAUAACAUUUUUCUGGUGUUACCGUGAUGGAGAACUCGAAGGAAUCGAAAGAGACGAAAGUCUCUUUGGAUGUAAAUGAUGUAGAAAUGGUUUUCGGCACAGCUACGUCUCCCAAAUUUCCCCACAAACCAGACAUCGUGAUUGAGAAUGAGAAGAAUCAUAAGGAUGAACCAACCAAGAACCACGACGCAGAUGCCACGCAUCCAGCUCAGCCGCUUCUUGAGCCCGCCAAGGAUCCGCAGAAGCCGCCGCUAGCUGGUCCAGAAGUAGACGACCUGGGUGAUGGAAACAUGCCUCACGAUACCUCCGCUCCAUACCCUGGCAUUGACGAUGGUCUGCUGGAGCCAGAAGGCAAGGCAGAGACUAAUCCUAAAGGAGAUGGAGAUAGCGGCGAGCGCGAAGGCUCCCACCACUCCACCAAGGAUGACGGCGUCGGAACUGAAGACGGUAAAUGGUUCUCCACCGACGAGCCCGACUACCCCUACGAUGGAGUGAACGGGUUCGGUUACCGUUUUGGUGUCGACGAUCGUCCGGGAUCACCGAUGGCGCCUGGAUCCAUUCCUGACGUGAACACAUACCAGCAGAAGAAGAACCUGGCACAGGGCAUGAUGGACUUAGCCCUGCUAAGCGCCAACGCCAAUCAGCUCCGCUACGUGAUAGAAUCCGCCUCCUCCCACCGCUACUACUACCCCAGUCUCACCUUCAUCGGACUCAGCAUCGUGCUGCAGAUUGCAGUAGGCGUUGGUUUGAUAAUGAACAGCCGGUACAAUGUGAAGGAUGACAAGGAUAUCUGCAAAGCGGACAAAAUUAAUAACUUCACUGUUCUUGGAGUAUUCCUGAUUACAAUAGUCAACGUGUUCAUCACGUCGUUCAGUGUCGCCACCCCGGAGGGAGUGCCACUUCCGCAGCAAAACGGAUAACCUCCACUCUUGUGGGAUAGCUGAGAAGCUUUCAAUAGUCUAAGGCUUUCAAUGAAUCUCUGUAGACUCCACCGGCGUGGGCUCAACUUAAGUACUUAUAUUUAUGUCACAAUUGACACACUUGUUUUAAAGUGACUCCAAAAUUGAAAAGGUUCUUAAUGCGGGUGUAUUUUUUUCUUGCAUUAUUUCUACAUGACUUUUUAUAUUAUCUGUUUUAUGGGCGAUCAUUGGUAAUGCAGAAACACAUUAACCUAAGUAAAUAGCGGUAUUAUUCAAAACGACUCAGAAGACUAAAACGAUUUACAUUCGAUCGUUUUUACAUUGCCUUAGGCAGUCCGUGCCACAGACAAACAUUGUAAGCGUAGUUUCCUAUUAUAAAAUUCCCUAUCCAUAGAAAUCUAAGUAAUGCUAGCUUUUUUCAGAUUUCUAUGGUUUAGUCCGACUCCGACGGAAACUAACAAUACAACAAUUUAAAAUUUUGUCUUUAAUGUUUUCUUCUAGUUUUCAAGUUUAAAUAACAAAUUUCCAUAAGUUGGAAGGUUCAUCUCGUCGUUUUUUUAUUAUUAUAUUACAUGUUUUUCCAUUUGGCUACUGGCUUUUAGAAUAAAAACAAUGCUGUUAGGUGGAGGCCAGAUUGAAGCAACUUUAUUUUUAGUUCUGAUUUUAUAUUUUAAUAAUAACUGUGAUUCUAGAUUUUUUUUAUUUGUAUUAAGUUUAUUAACGCGGCUUACUGUAUAAGUUGAUUGAUUUUCGGCUCCGUCUGGCGUAGUUUGGAUGUUAUUGCCAACCGUAGACCGCAUUUAUUUAUUUUUUAUACAUUUCAACGUAUGUGGCAGUUACUAUGUAGUCUAGUUGUUCUAGCAGUGUAACGUGUAUGUAGUAGCUGGGAUAAUCAAUAAAAUAAGUCUGCAGUGAAAUUAUGAAUAAGUUUUUAUCUUGAUUUUUGUAUUUUAUAUAUUUACCCCCUUAUUUAUAAUGGUCCGCUAACUUAAAACAGCUGCUAAAGAGUGUUAUUUCUCAUUCUGACUUAGGUCAAUAGAAGAAGACAAAGUGAGAAUUAGCAAUGCUUUAAGUUAGCAGACAAAUAUGAAUCAGGGGGUAAGUAUUUAAGGGAAAAAAUUGUAUGGAGGGCACAUUUUAUCGCUUUUUCUUAAGUGACGAUUUCUAUCAAUACUCUAAGUAUCAAAAUGCAUUCAUUGAAUUGAAGGACGCCAGGAACGUAUUUUCCUGAGUGCUCGUGUUUUUUGUUUUCUUAUUUGUACAAUAUUUUUUAAUAUAUUUUGAUGCCUCAUCAUUAUAUUUAGCCAUAAGUAUUUAUAUUAUUAUUACAUUUAUUAUAAAAUGGUAUAUUUAUACUAAAUGAAAUAAUAUUUGCUGUAUCUUAUUUUAAGAUUAACUUUCACUAUCGGAGAUAAUAUCACCAAUCUUGGUUUUGAGUUAGUUUCAAGUAGAUACUUGCGUGACUGUUUUUGUCUGUCAUUAAUUUAACGUGUUCAGAGGUAACAUUCGCAGCCAUCUUUAUAUACAAUUGUACUCGACUCUUUUCUCCUUGGUUUCUAAUUCAAGAUAAAAAUAUUUUCAAAUAUAUUUUUUUCUGAUUGGAAAUAUCAUCAUUAUCUUUAUCUCUCUGUUUUGUUACUAUUGAUAUUUUUAUUUUUGUAAGUGCAUAUUUUUUUCCAAAAAGUGCUAAAAACGGCUUCAUCAAAAAGUUCGCAAACAGAAGCCUCGCACUAGUAUAACUACAAAUCUGAUAAAAAUAAGCAAAAAAAAAAAAAACAAUCGGAAUAUUUCCUUCCCAUUCAAUAUCCAAAAAAGAAGAGUAAAUUACUGAGAAGUCUGUAUUUUUAUGAUUUUUGCUCACAAUUUUUAGUCGUAACCUUAGCUGUCUAUAUAUCCCACUGGUCAUCAUCUCGUCCAUGUUGGCGCGACGGAAUGUUGUUUUAGAAUUCUUAAAUCUGAAAAAGGCCUCACCUUAUGUUACUUCUUAAUACCACGGCUCCAACUAUUGAAUGACCUUAAAUAAUGGUCUGGUAUUAAGGCUGGGGACGGAGCCAAUGGCCUUGAGGAAUCGAGCGGAGCUAAGUUACCUCUCUGGCACAAGAUGUCCAUAGUUUUAAUUCAGAAGUAGAAGCAUUUUUAAUUUAACAGUUUUCUUUACAAAACUAGCAAAACUGUGUUAUGUUAAAUAGUAUUGGUAUACAAUUAAUACAUUUUCGUACAAUUUCUAUCUGGAUUGAAUGAUUAGUAUGUCUCCAACUGUAAAAGUUAGAGGUAUUUUGGUGAUUAUUUUUCGCACUGUCUAUAAAAAAUUAAAAUGUAAAGAAAUGAAUUUUCUUCUCAUAUUCUGUAGAUGUAUACUUAUUUUUUGUAAAAAUAUAAGCUUAAUAUUAACCGUCAAGAAAUGGUUUCAAUUAUACGGGAUAGCAGCCUUUAGUAAAUUCGGCAAACCGUUAAGUCUGUUGUUCAAUAUCUACCACGUGCUAUCAUUCUGUGAUCUUCAUAAUAAUUAUACCUAGUCUAACAUACUUAUGUAGUUAUUAUUGUAAGAUAUUACUGUUAUUGUUGCGUUCUGUUUGAAAUAGAUAAUUUUUUGCUAAAAAAAAAAGAAACAACUCACACUGCAUUUACUAUUUAUUGUAUUAAGUCAGUUUAAAUAACGGUUUUUGAAUCUAUUAAUAGAUAGAAGUAAUAACGUAAGUAAACUAAUAGAAAUGUAUUUAAUAUGAUCUGAUUAGUUACAUAAUUAAGAAAAAAAUUAUAUUCCAAGCUUUGGAGCACAAAAAUAAAUAAAACGAAGUACAUAGCCUUAAAAAAUUAAUGAAAUUAUUGUGAAAAUUGUUUGAGAAUAAAUUUGCAAAUAUACCUACUAUUUACACUAUUAUUAUAUUUAUUUUGUAACUAUUUGUGUGAACACAGCCACCCCAUUGACCAAUAUUGAGUUUUUUCUAUUUCUAUGGUACGUUCAAUGUUAUUUUCUGUUGUGUGUUAUUUCCCUGUUUAAAAUUACUUUUUUGAAGUAAGUUUUGUUCGAUAGGGUGGUUUUACAUCCACACAGGGAAUUGCAACUUAACGAGGGAUGUACUUAUUAAGUAUUUACAUACAGGUUUACACAAUUGAAAUAUAUUUUUAUAUAAAAUCCGCAAAA